AUGCCCCGAAGGGCGAAAUAUCCAGACGUUCACUUCUCUUUGAUUGAGCGUGUCAUCCUUAGUGCAGGGGCCAUGCUAAUCUUCUCUGGCGAUAUAUCAAUUCGUUCAGUUCAUUAUAACCUCACAUUUUGGCAGAAUUAUACCGCCUACUGUAUUAGUCCCGUUUGCUGUUCACAAUAUUGUAUCCUCGCUUCACUCUCUGAGCUAGGCACCUACAACACUCUCAACUACUCUCUAGGUGCGAACGACAGGGUAGCUAGGAGGUCACAAUAA